UUUGAUCUGAUUGCCUGCUCAUGUUGAUACAGUUAAACAAAUGCUGUACAUAGUAUAGUGGCAUGGCUGUUCCCAAAAGAACUCGCGCAGAAAUCAGGCUUCACUGAAGUCCGGUGCCUGUGCCACUUGAUGACCUAGGUUUGUCUAGGCUCUUUUUAUUGCAAAAAGUCUCCUACGGGUCGACAGUCAGUCAACGAUCAAUCACAGGCCCUUUCAGGGGCUGCGAGACCUGACUUAGUGGAGAAGUCUCACUUCUGCCACUGGCUCAGCAAAUUCUCUAGUUAAGCGCUCACAGAUUUAUUUCGGCCAUCUGUUCCUUGAAAUCUUGUGAAUAUGGGUCUGAGAACGUAGCAGGCGGUGAUGCGGCGACCACCUUGUUUUGGGGAGAAGUGCCCUCUGGCACUGGACGCGAUCCUAUUUGCACUGCUUGAACCACUGGAAUCUCCGAUGUGGUUGGGCUAGGACUUGGUGUUUGCUUGUCUCCAUCAGUCUUGCAACAUCUGCGCAAGGUCAGGAAUGCACUUGCAAGAAUCGAACAGGCUGCCAAGCCAGUGCCAAUUGCUGCCCAUUGGAUCUCCGUGAGGCCUAGAAAAGUCUCGUCUUCACAGCUCAUCAUGUCAUCUGCGACCUCCUUUCCAUCAGGGCAGUAAUCACACCUCAUCAAAGAUAUUCCAGAACUGGUCGGGAAGGCACGACCGACAUUCGUUGUCUUCUGCAAAUUGUCCAGGCGGGCACGGCACACACUGGUUGUCCUGGAUGUAUUCACUCCGCUUGCAUGUGGGCGGACAGGUUUGAUUGUAGGCGUUGCUAUUCUCCAACUUGCAGACCUCUACAAGUUCCCAAAGCUGACUGGUGCGAUUGCUUCGAUUAAACUCACAAUCUUGGUUGACGAUCCAAGCGGCAGGAAUGAAGUCUUCGGCCCAAACGGUCAGGCACCUUCCGGGGGCGGCGCCGUUGAUGAGGUAGGUCCCAUUAUCCUCUCCACUGGCAGGUUGUAGAUUCCAGGCCAGCCAGCGAUUUGAAUACGAGCUUAGCCGGGCACAUCAAGGCACUGACCACUCAUCGUAUUUGUGAACAAGCCAUCCUCAACCUAUGCGUGGUCAGAGCCCGCUUUGCCGAACUCGCAUUCCCAGAGGUUAUGAGCCCAAGGGCCUGACCACUGCGAUGUUUUCCAGAAGAAGGGCAACUCAGGCUGAACUGGACCAGGGCAUGGAUGAGAUGCUCCGAGCCCAGCAACGAGUUGAAGCAGAGGUGAGAACUGAGGUGAGAACGCCAGCACAGACCCCUGGAGCACGAGAUGAAUCUUCAGGUGCCGUAGCUGUUCAACAUGAAGCAGUUGUUCCUGUGGUGACGGAAGUGAUUGCCACAGACUCCAAAAUGAUCGAGAAUGGAGGGUCCGCAGAUCUUCCACGAGCACUAGAUGUUCCUGGCCAAAGGCAACCAGUUCCCAUGCCGAUGAUGACGCCUGGGACUCAAUCUGGUGCUUCUCCGCCUCAGCAACCUCUUUUUGAUGAUCAACAACUUCGCAGGUUUCAAGAACUUUUUCAACAAGCUCCUUGGCUGUACCCCGGUGGUCCUGUGGCAUUCCACCAACCAGCCAUUCAACCUCCAAUUUCGAGACCUCUUUUUCUCGAACAAGAUGAACGUAGGAUGCAAGAAACUGUUGGUAUGGGUUCGCAAUAUGUAUACCCAUAUGGACCGGCAGUUGGGGUUCGAGAGAAUUUGGAGUUGAAAAAGGGGAUAGAAGAAGUUUUAGAAGAGAAUAGAAAAUUGAGGGAGAAGGUUGAACGUCUUGAGAAGGCGCAGCUAUCCCAAUCUGAAGAGGAUCCAAAGUUCUCAACACCAACAGGGGAUAAUCCGAAGGAGGCUGAGACCCCCAACCAGGAGGCUGAUAGACCACCAAAGGGAAGUCAAUCUUACCACCGCUCUCAACAGGAGGCUGAGACCCCCUACCAGGAGGCUGAUAGACCACCAAAGGGAAGGCAACAUGUGCGUCAGGUAUCAAAGGAGGCUGAGACCCCCUACCAGGAGGCCGAAAGACCCCCAAAGCCCGAAAGCCGCCAAAAUUCAAAGCCCGAAGAAUACAAGGAGGCUAAUAGACCCCCAAAGAAUGGAAGUGAUGAAGAACCAACUACGGUGAAAGUCAUGCUGAAGCUCAUGGAGGGCAUGCAGGCGAUUCAACGUCAAAUGUUGGAACAUCGAGAUGAAGAAACUGGGACUGAAUCAGUCCGACAAGCUCCAGCACUUCCAGCCCUUUCAGAAUGGAGUGCAACUACGGGUCCAAUUGAUCUCAACGACUGGAUGGCGCUCAUUGAACCGAUGAUGUGUGACCUCAGCAACUCCAGUGCGCAAUGGUGGCAACAGCUGGUCAUGGAGGCCAACCUUUGGUAUCAACGUCAUCUUCAACUACCACCUCUUGAUCGAGUUGCACAUGUACCAGCUCCCUCAACGGAAUUGGCCAAACCCAAAUGGGCCAGGCUUGAACGUCGAGCUUCGACACUUUUGCUGAUGGCUGUACCUGAAGGCCAAAGAGAAGAACUCAUAUCAGCCAAAAGGCUGAGUGCCAUGGCAAUCAUUUGCCAGCUCCUGGUAACAUACCAACCAGGUGGACUUGCGGAAAAAGAACUGAUUCUGAGGUCACUUGAGCUUCCUCCGGAGUCAUCCAACCUUGUAGAGGCCGUGCAAAGCCUUCGCAGAUGGGCGCGCUGGAGAAGGCGUGCUGCAGACUUGCAGAUCUCUGAGCCGGACCCCUUUCUUCUUUUGAAGGGCCUCAACAGGAUCAUCCGCAAGCCCUUGGAGAACAACCGAGGCCUUUCCUUCAGGAUAAGUCUUGCAAGAUCUACUUUGCAAGUCGAUUCCACUCCGACUUCAACUUCGGUGACUUCCUUUGCGCUGCACCUUGUCGCUGAGUUCGAGCAGGACAGAAAUGAUCUGUCGCCACAAAAGCCAAAGAUCCAGAAGGCCGAGGGGGAGGAGACUUCAUCACCGACGAGCUCUACAAAAGGAAAAGAAGAGGAGGUGUCUGGUGAGACAGCUUCGAUGAAGGAAUUGCUUGAGCAGGCCAAUACGAUGCUCAAGACUUUGGCUUUGGAUUUGAUCGAAGAGAUGGAGGCAGCAGGAGUUCAGAAGAGCAUGAAAAGCAUCAGCUUUGAGAAGGAGAAAAAAUGGAUGGAAGAUCUGGUGGAAAGCCACCCGGUUUUGCGAAGUCUUCCACAACAUAUCAAAAGCCGCUUGGUCACUGACAUCGGAGACUGGAAGGAUCUGCCGGUGAACAGAAGACAACGAAAGCGCUUGCAAAGAGAUGGCUUUCUUUUGCACUUGUAUGCAGGAGAACAAGAAGGCUUCACCUUGUCAAGAGCUUGGAAGCAGCAAGGUGGCAUGGAGACCCAACUCUUGGAGAUCGAUCUGAAAAGAGGAGAAGUGGUGUCUAUGCGGGACUUCUUCGAGCAGCCCUACAAGAUCGAAUUGAUGUGGUCAUUGCUGGCCCAAACUGCCGGACCAGAUCGGGCAUGGAAAGGUGAAGAACAUAGACUGGCUGAUUUGACACCAGCCGAAAAAACCCAAGUUGAGGAGGACGACAUCCUUCUUUGGAGAUCGAUCUUUUUGUGGAUGAUCUCAACUUACCUUCGCCGAGCUCGACAAGUUCGGAAAGAAGUUGGAUUUCUUCUGGAGCAGCCUGCAACACCCAAAAGCUACAUGCCCCAGUGUGUGUCUUUCUGGGAUACAGAAGGAAGAAUUUGGAUUCUCUGA